GGCCGGGUGCCUCCGCAGCUCGGCUGGCAGGGCCUGGCGGGGCGUGUGCGGCUGCUAGUGCAAGCCCCUCCGCCCCACCUCUCCCCAUGCAGCCCUGGCAGUGCCUGCGGCGCUUUGCCCUGGCCUGGUGGGAGAGGACAGCGGAGGGCAGCGCCCGAUCUCCCAGGGAGGAGGCUGGACCGAGGGACCCCGGGGGCCGAGGGGAGCCAGGGCUCCAGCGUGCAGCGGGAGGGAAGCCUCCAGGACUCUGUUCCCUCUGUUUAAAGUCUCCAGAUCCGGAGCGGAGCAGCCCCCCCAUGCUGUCUGCAGACGAUGCCGAGUACCCGCGGGAGUACCGGACCCUGGGGGGCGGGGGCGGCGGGGGCAGCGGGGGCCGGCGCUUCUCCAACGUGGGGCUGGUGCACACGUCGGAGCGGCGGCACACGGUGAUCGCUGCCCAGAGCCUGGAGGCGCUCAGCGGGCUCCAGAAGGCCGAUGCCGAUCGCAAGCGCGAUGCCUUCAUGGACCAUCUGAAGAGCAAGUACCCCCAGCACGCCCUAGCCCUGCGGGGUCAGCAAGACAGGAUGCGGGAGCAGGUUGGCGGCUGGACCGUGGACCCCGUGUGCCUCCUCAGCUCCCUCUGCUCCCACCUCCAUGGCGACUCCGCCCCCUCCGGGGCUGGCCAGCCGGCCCAGCCCCUGCGUAACCAUCUCUUCUCUUAUUUCCAUCAGCAGCCAAACUACUGGAGUUUCAAGACCCGCAGCUCACGCCACACUCAGGGAGCCCAGCCUGGACUGGCAGACCAGGCAGCUAAGCUGUCCUACGCCUCGGCUGAGUCACUGGAGACCAUGUCGGAGGCAGAGCUGCCCCUGGGCUUCAGUAGGAUGAACCGCUUCCGACAGAGCCUGCCCCUCUCCCGCUCAGCCAGCCAGACCAAGCUGCGCUCACCAGGGGUGCUGUUCCUGCAGUUCGGGGAGGAGACUCGGCGCGUGCACAUCACGCACGAGGUCAGCAGCCUGGACACGCUGCACGCACUCAUCGCGCACAUGUUCCCGCAGAAGCUCACCAUGGGCAUGCUUAAGUCGCCCAACACAGCCAUCCUCAUCAAAGACGAGGCUCGGAACGUCUUCUAUGAGCUGGAGGAUGUCCGGGACAUCCAGGACCGCAGUAUUAUCAAGAUCUAUAGGAAGGAGCCACUCUACGCCGCUUUCCCUGGCUCACACCUCACCAACGGGGACCUCCGGAGAGAGAUGGUGUAUGCGUCGCGGGAGUCAUCACCCACGCGGCGCCUCAACAACCUGUCACCGGCGCCGCACCUGGCGUCCGGUUCGCCGCCGCCAGGGUUACCGUCCGGGCUGCCGUCGGGGCUGCCGUCGGGCUCGCCUUCGCGCUCACGCCUCUCUUACGCCGGGGGGCGCCCGCCCUCCUACGCCGGCAGCCCGGUGCACCACGCGGCGGAGCGGCUGGGAGGUGCCCCCGCCGCCCCGGGAGUCAGCCCGAGCCCCAGCGCCAUCCUGGAGCGGCGCGACGUGAAGCCGGAUGAGGACCUGGCGGGCAAAGCGGGCGGCAUGGUGCUGGUGAAGGGUGAGGGCCUUUACGCCGACCCCUACGGGCUGCUCCACGAAGGCCGCCUGAGCUUGGCCGCGGCCGCUGGCGACCCGUUCGCCUAUCCCGGCGCGGGCGGCCUGUACAAACGCGGCUCGGUGCGCUCGCUCAGCACCUACUCGGCCGCCGCGCUGCAGUCCGACCUGGAGGACUCGCUGUACAAGGCGGCGGGCGGCGGCCCGCUGUACGGCGACGCCUACGGCUUCCGCCUGCCGCCCUCGUCGCCGCAGAAGCUGUCCGACGUGGCGGCGCCCCCUGGAGGCCCCCCGCCGCCGCACAGCCCCUACUCGGGGCCGCCCAGCCGCGGCUCACCGGUGCGCCAGUCCUUCCGCAAAGACUCGGGCUCCUCGUCGGUCUUCGCCGAGAGCCCCGGAGGCAAGACCCGCAGCACCGGGGGCUCAUCGACGGCCGGGGCCCCGCCUCCCGAGCUCUUCCCCGGGCCCGGAGAGCGGCCGCUCGUUGGGUUUGGGUCGCCUGUGCCAGCCAAGGAUACGGAGACCAGGGAGCGCAUGGAGGCCAUGGAGAAACAGAUUGCCAGCCUCACAGGCCUGGUGCAGAGUGCCCUACUGCGAGGCUCGGAGCCUGAGACCCCCAGUGAGAAGAUUGAAGGCUCCAAUGGAGCAGCCACUCCCUCAGCACCCUGCGGGUCAGGCAGCCGGAGCAGUGGGGCCACCCCAGUGUCCGGCCCUCCCCCACCCUCGGCCAGCAGCACCCCUGCGGGACAGCCCACUGCCAUCAACCGUUUGCAGAUGCAGCUGCACCUGCGUGGCCUGCAGAACAGCACCAAUGACCUGCGUAGCCAGCUUCAGCAAUUGCGGAAGCUCCAGCUACAGAACCUGGAGUCGUUGCGCGCGCUGCUGAAGGGCACGGAGGCGGAGCUGAGCAUGCGCGUGUCGGAGGCGGCGCGGCGGCAGGAGGACCCGCUGCAGCGGCAGCGCACCCUGGUGGAGGAGGAGCGGCUGCGCUACCUCAACGACGAGGAGCUCAUCACACAGCAGCUCAAUGACCUGGAGAAGUCAGUGGAGAAGAUCCAGAGGGAUGUGUCCCACAACCACCGACUGGUACCUGGGCCCGAACUGGAGGAGAAGGCGCUGGUGCUCAAGCAGCUCGGGGAGACGCUGACUGAGCUCAAGGCUCACUUCCCAGGCCUGCAGAGCAAGAUGCGGGUAGUGCUGCGUGUGGAGGUGGAGGCAGUGAAGUUCCUGAAGGAGGAGCCACAGCGCCUGGAUGGGCUACUCAAGCGCUGCCGUGGGGUCACAGACACGCUGGCCCAGAUCCGAAGGCAAGUGGACGAGGGUGUGUGGCCACCCCCCAGCAACCUCCUGAAUCAGUCCCCCAAGAAGGUGACAGCUGAGACUGACUUCAACAAGAGCUUGGAUUUCGAAAUGCCACCCCCCAGCCCACCAUUGAACCUCCACGAGCUGAGCGGGCCAGCCGAGGGAGCCCCUCCAACCCCCAAGGCGGGCAACCCCACAAAAGGCCUGGAUGCUCCUGGCAAGAGAAGCGUGGACAAGGCUGUGUCUGUUGAGGCUGCCGAGCGGGACUGGGAGGAGAAGCGGGCAGCCCUGACCCAGUACAGUGCCAAGGACAUCAACCGGCUCCUAGAGGAGACACAGGCGGAGCUGCUGAAGGCCAUCCCUGACCUGGACUGUGCGAGCAAGGCCCACCCGGGCCCAGCCCACAGCCCUGACCACAAGCCCCCCAAGGUCCCCCACGGCCAGAAGGCGGCCCCCCGAACAGAGCCCAGUGGGAGAAGAGGCUCAGAUGAGCUGACAGUGCCCCGCUACCGCACGGAGAAGCCCUCCAAGUCGCCCCCGCCACCCCCUCCCCGCCGGAGCUUCCCCUCCUCCCACGGCCUGACCACCACGCGCACUGGAGAGGUUGUGGUCACCAGCAAGAAGGACUCUGCCUUCAUCAAGAAGGCUGAGUCUGAGGAGCUGGAGGUACAGAAGCCCCAAGUGAAGCUGCGCCGGACCGUGUCAGAGGUCGCCCGCCCAGCCUCCACACCCCCCAUCAUGGCCUCUGCCAUCAAGGAUGAGGACGAUGAAGACCGCAUCAUCGCAGAGCUGGAGGUGUUUGAGAGAAGCUCAAUGUCUCCCCUCCCCCCCACGCCCCGCCGCCAGCCGAUCCCCACCUUGCUGUCCCCCCAGGACCCAGGGCCCCCUGGGGGCUCUGCCCUGGGCCUCACAUGGAAGAGUGGCGGUGGUAGUGUGCCACCCAUGAAGGUGGUGACUCCAGGGGCCUCUCGGCUGAAGGCGGCCCAGGGCCAGGCUGGCAGCCCCGACAAAGGCAAGCAUGGCAAGCAGAGGGCAGAGUACAUGAGGAUCCAGGCCCAGCAGCAGGCCACUAAACCAUCUAAAGAGAUGAGCGGGUCGAAUGAGACCUCAAGCCCAGUCUCAGAAAAGCCCUCGGCUUCCAGAACCUCCAUCCCUGUAUUGACUUCCUUUGGGGCGAGGAAUUCUUCCAUCUCCUUCUAGAAGCCCCCUUAUACCUCCACACCAGCCUGCCCUUGUCCCUUAUCCCCGCCAUUUAUCUCUCUCCUUUCUUCAUUUCCACUCUACACCCACGCCACUCUCCAGACUCUCCAAAGGGUUUGCCACAGAUGUGGCCCUUCCCAGCACUCUCUUCCCAUCUCCUGUUGGUGUUUUUGGGUUUUUUUUAAUGAUUUACUUUUAAUUAUCUUUUUUUUUUUUUAAGCAAACCAGUAAAACUAGAAACCAAAACACACCACUUUCCUUUGACUUCCUGUUCCAAAAUGGCGUACUUCCUGUCAUUGUCCCUCCUUUUUCUCUUUCCCCACUCUCCCUCCCAAGUCCAUCCUGAAGUUCCUGCACCCUGCCCUCCCUUCCCGCCUUUCCCUCAAACUUUCCAAGAAUACUCCAAACAAACUCUGAGCCACGGAGACUUGGAGCAGCAAGACACCCCCUCUCCCCUUCCUCGGAAACCUUCCUGGAGGAAAACCUGGACAUGGGACCAACCCCAAUAUCAGGCUGGAAAAUGGGAUGUAGGGAGACUUUGGUCCUGGAGACACCCCACCUGUCCAACCUCAGGAUGUGACUGAACGCUGCUGUUUCUCUGCUCCCAUCCACGCAUCACGCAUGCCCUAGUGGGCCUGGAGUCCAGAUGGACGGGCUGGAGAGGGAGGUCAGGGUUGAAGGGGCCUUGGGUGGUGUGAGGCUGUGUGUCCUUAGAGAGGAGCUGGCUUCCUGGGACCUCUUUCCUGUGGUGAGGAGCUGCCUGCCCUGUGCCGAUCUAAGAAAGGGGCACCUUUGGACUGCUGGCUGUGGACGGUGGGUUGAGCAGACAGCCUGACACCGGGGACACUGCCUUGGGAGAGGGCAGCCCCGAGGAGGGGUAUUUGAUACUUUUAGUUUCCUAAUUGAGCACUUUAAAUGACAUUAACUUAUUUAAUGGGGUUGGGGUGGGCAAGGAUAAAAGGCCUAGCAAAUUAGAUUUUGAGGCCUGGAGGGUGGGAAGGGUCUGGUUGUAAGGGAUAUGGGGGGAAUAGAGAGGGGUUUGAUGGCGGGCAAUGAAGACAGCUCUGACCCUACAAGUGGGAUGACUUUCAAACAUCCCCCUUGAGAUUUGAGGGUUUUCAGGGAAGAGAUGAGAUGUGGUUUUUAAAUGGGGAGCUGGUGACCCCUGGUGAGAUCCUUGAGGGUCCCUGAGGCCUGACCAGCCAGCCAAUGACCCCAGCCCCUGGAUACCCACCUUGCAGAGGCUGUGGGCAGUGACGCUUUUGGUGGGGUCCUGAGAAGGGGAGGGAAAGACAAACUUUGUCUCUCAGCACCCCCUCCCCUCACACAGUGAGGGGCCAACAGGGAGAUUAUGUGGGUGGAGGAGGAGGAAGAGGAUGGAGUGGGGUCCCCAGGGAGCAGGAGUCCUAUUUGGAGCACAAAAUUGGGUAAGCACAGGGGAAGGUGGCUGGGAUUAGUCUCCCCAGGUAAGCACAGAAAGAAGGAGCCAUUGAAGGGGCAGAACCUCCUAGGUCCUGGGGCCUGGCGCUUGGGGAGAGCCAGCGGGAGCUGUUGAGGGUUGGGGAGGGAGGGGAAACUGGGUUGUGUUUCUUCAUUUCUUUCUUUUUUUGUUGUUGUUUUUGUUGGUUCAUCCUUGUUUUCUAGCUUUGGAUCAUUUUUGUACAAAGGCAAGCAAGCCUUUUUGAAAAAUAACAAAAGAAGAGGAAAAAAAAAUCCCUCCUGAAAAAAAAAACCCUGGAAAAUAGAAAAAAAAAAAAAAAGGACCUCAUAAAUGAUGCAAUUACUUUUAAUUGCAGGCAACUCUUUACAUUUAAGUGAAGUGUCUUAACAUUUUAUAUUGUUUUAAAAAUAUAUUUACAUAUUAUAUAUAUAUAAUAUACGUAAUAUAAAUAUAUAUAAAUAUUUAAAAAAGAAAAAAAAAAAAGAACAACGACAGCACUCUCUCCCUGGCCGCUGUUUUGGCGGGGGAGGGGGCUGGAGGGUGGGCACAUCAGCCUGGCUUCUGUGGUCCAGUGAAACGGUUUGGUUUGAUUCGGCUGUACAGAGACCCCCUGACUUGGGACGGGAGGUGGGAGUGGUGCCCCCUCCUCCCUCCACUCCAUUACUCUUUGCUUGCUACUUUUCCUUUGCCCCUACCUCCCAUCCUCAGCCCUGUGCCCUGAACAUGUGCCCCACCCGUCAUUGUCCUGAGUUAAAUGUCCCUUUGUGGGGGAGGGGGAGGGGCGUGUCCAUCCACGAGGGGGCAGAGGGAGGGAGCCCUGUGCCCCAGCCCAUCCGCUCACUGGAGCCCAGUGGAAUUUGCAUCUUUCUUUCACUUUGGUGCCUGCACAUUUACUUACGGGCUAAGAGAAGUUGUGCGCAGCCUGUGUGUGAGUGUGUGUGUGUCCAUUGGCACGAGUCCACUUGCCCAUGUGUGGAGGGAAGGGAGCGUGGCGUGCAUAGGCAUGACGUGUGUGCAGGGAGGCGUGCCCACGGCGGUGCAUGUAACCGGCCUGGGCAUCAGCACGUGCCCACCUGCACAUCAGUGUGGAGAAGCUUGGCGUGUGAGAACACACGUGAUGUGCGUGUGCAGACGUGGCAGCUGCCAGACUUGUAUGUGUGUGGACAGAGGGGUGUACGUGGAGGUGCGUGUGAGCCGCGUGUGUGGGUGUGUGUGCGUGCACGUGUUUGUAGACCCCGCAUGUGGAGUGCCUGUGUGUGUGUUCCAUUGUCCCUGCACCGCUGGCUCCAGCUCCCCUCCCAAGCCCCCAGGCCCUGGCCCUCUCAAAGCCCACAGCACGUCAAGGCCCCCCCAGCUGCAUGCGCCUCGCUGCUCUGUCCAUCAGUGUGUGCUUGACCAAGAGAAAAGCAAGACGUCUGGGGGGACCCCUGUACCUGGUCCCCCCAGCUCCCACCCACUGUGCUGUGUUACUCGCAUGGGGGGUUUCUCUCCUGCCCCUUCCACGAUAUGUUGUUUCCCUAGGAGCCUCAGGCCUGAGGCUCUGAGAGGGGUCCCAGAUGGGGCCCCCCAGGGCAAGCCCCGGCUCCACACCCUGCCCUGUCCACCCCGUAGGGCCUGUGUUGGUGUAGCAGUGAUGGCUUCUGUGGAUAUUCUGUGACCUCUGUCAGUGUAACUUGACAAUUUCUAAAUGGAAAAGGGUUGCUGUGUUUUCUCUGUCUCUCUUUUUUAAUGUCCCUUUUCUUCUCCCACUUUCCUGCUCUCUUUCCUUUUUGGUUUUUCUAACUGAGUGUUUGGGGCUUAAAUAAAACUUGUUUCUUUUUCCUCUC